AAUAUAUUUUUCUGUUUCAGCUGCCUAAAACACCUGAAGCGUGGAAAGAAGUAAGCAAGGUAUUCGAAACAAAAUGGAACCUGCCGCACUGUAUCGGGGCACUUGAUGGCAAACAUAUUAUAUUGCAAGCUCCCAUUAACUCUGGCACAGAGUAUUUCAAUUACAAAUCUAACUUCAGUAUUGUUCUUUUCGCAUUGGUAGAUGCAAAUGCGAAUUUCAUAUUUGCUGACGUCGGUUGCCAAGGGCGAAUUUCUGAUGGCGGUGUAUUCCGUGGGAGUACUUUGCAUAGAAUGAUCGAGAAAAACCGAUUGGGGCUUCCAAUGGCUGAAAAACUGCCUGGAAGGUCUAUGUCAGAACCGCUACCAUACUUCUUUGCGGGAGAUAGUGCAUUCGCUCUAAGUGAUAAUCUAAUGAAGCCCUAUCAUGGAGACUAUCCAAAGGGGACUCCCCAAAGAAUAUUCAACUACAGAUUGAGUAGGGCACGCCAAGUGGUCGAAGAUGCGUUCGGAAUAUUAAGUGCUGAAUUUCGAGUUUUAAGGAAGCCAAUGAUACUGGCUCCUGAAAAAGUUGAGCUAGUUGUGAUGGCAGCAAUGUUGCUGCAGAAUUAGAACUCUGUCAAUGAAUUUCUACAAUGUUCAUGUAGUUAAUUUUUCAGUGUGAAUUUUGUCGUGAGAAAU